UUUAUCAUGUCGAAUGUAUCGCGAUUAAUGGAAUCGACACGCACUUUAGAAACCAAACGAUCGGGAAGCAACCUGUUUCAUCAACGUAAGGCUUCCCUAACAACCCUAUGUGCACCUAUCGACAAACGACAAGAGAAAAGAAAAAUACUACGUUCAGGUUCCUUUCAAAGAUCCUGGAUAAAGGUAUUUGAUAUGCCUGUCGUUCAACUCGUGGGUUGGUCCUAUCUCUUAAUCUGUUUUUGUCUUUCCACCAUUCAUCUGCUACGAUCCUUUUCUUUACUCGAUCCGAAUGCAGGGCCUAAAAUAGACUGGGAUAAAGUAUUAUUAGAAAAACAAAGCCAGUUCUCAUCUCUGGAUGAACUUUCUACACAGAUUCGAUUAUCCAAAAUGUUUAGUAAAUCCAUUGUCAAUAAUGACGUGAUUCGACCCUAUUGGUUCACAGCAUCCAUCAAGCCCAGUAAAGACGCAUUGACCCUGACAACCGUUUUUACCUUGCAAGAGUGGGAAAGUCUCACACAAUUAGCGGAGGCAUAUGAAGGUCCGAUCUCAGCAGCACUCCUGGUGCCUACAACGAAAUACGUGGAUAAUGACCAAUUGGACGAAAUCCGUGUCAAUUACGAGAAUACGGUAGCAUUGAAACGACAUGUGGAUAUCCAUCUUGUACUCCAGCAGGGCGGAUUAAACGAACAAGGACAAAUGAUUGGUACAGGAGGAUAUCAAGAAUCGCGUAAUCUUGCACGCUUAUUCAGUCGUACUGAAUUUGUUGCGCUUGUACCAGCCACCACUUUAUGGCUGACAGAUGUCUCGGAAAGUAUCAAGAAACAUGUGGAUCUGUUGCGAAGGGGUGAUUUAUUGAUUGUGCCUACCUUUGGUUUCCCCAAUUAUCAAGGCGUUGAAACCAGGUUAUGGCCCAUUGAUAAACAGUCUGUGAUUGAAUGGGUAGAGGAAGGAGAAUUUGGAUUGGCUGAUUACAAUUAUGAGCUGAAUAAUGGACCUACCUCUUAUGCGACAUGGAAAGAUGCUAAGGAUCCUUACUUGUUGCCUAAUUAUGAUUUUAAUUAUAGUCCAAUCUUUGUUUCCACGCGAUUAAAUCAUCCGUGGUGCGAAGAGAGGUUUGAGGAUCAUGUGUCUUCGUGUGUGUAUACCAAAUACUUGGCUGGUUCUAAUUUAUGGGUGCUUCCAAAUGACUAUGCAGUGAGAACAGGACAGGAGCCUGUAGACUCUCUCUUACCUCAUCAAAAGCGGUAUCAGAAUAAGCUAGCCAAGAAAUAUCGCUUAGAACAAUGUGUGUUUUACGCACGACAGUAUGAUCAAGACGGUAUCUUUGACACUGAACGAGCCAAUCAUGUCAAACAAGAAUGUUCAAUUGCCUUGUUAAGUUUACAAAAGCAAAAGAUGAUUUCAGAUAUUAUUGAAUAACGCCCUCCCCUUUUAUUAUUAUUUCUUGUACAUAUCCCCCCCACACACACACACACUAUAUAAAUUUAGCACCCAACCCAUUACAUAUACCUUACCCUUUUUUUUUUUUUUUUAGUCUGACAUAAAUUAUCCAAUCAGAGAUUAUCAUCUCUUUUACACAUACAA